AUGUCGACUUCGAACAAGAUUGUGCUAACUAGCUCAGAUGGUGAAUCUUUCGAGAUUGACGAAGCCGUGGCUCGUAAGCUUCAGAUCAUAGCGCACAUGAUCGAUGAUGACUGCGCGGGUAAAGCAAUCCCACUUGCAAACGUCACUGGAAAGAUCCUUGCUUUGGUCAUUGAGUAUUGCAAGAUACACGUUAAUGAUAAAGAUCCGAGUGAAGAAACAGACGAAAUUGUUUCUUCUGAUGAUAAAGAAUCACCUAAAGAAGCAAACGAAAAUGUUUCUUUGUCUGAUUCAACUAAAGAAACAAACGAGAAUGUUUCUCCUGAUCCAGCUGAUGUUAAAGAUUCAAGUAAAGAAACAAACGAAAAUGUUUCUUCUUAUCCAAAUGAAGAAUCAGAAGAAAACAAAGAAGCCAAGGAGGAGGAGCUCAUGACUAAUUGGGACGCAGAGUUCAUGAAACGUUGUGAUUUAGAAACAACCUUUUUACUCAUUCUCGCUGCUAACUAUCUCAACGUCAAAGGCCUUCUAGCUCUCACUUCCCAGACCGUUGCAGAUUACAUCAAAGAUAAGAACGUAGAAGAGGUUCGAGAAAUCUUUAACAUCGAAAACGAUUUCACACCCGAAGAAGAAGAACAGAUUCGCAAGGAGAACCUGUGGGCUUUUGAAACAUAACUUUUUAGUUAUCCAUUUCUUAAAUUGUUAUCCUCCCGUGUGUGAUUGACUUGGUGUCUUUGAUUAAUUUCAUGAAUUCUAGUUUUUGAUUUUUUUU